GCUCGUAUAAUUCUACUCAGUGCCUACUUUCAGACAAAUUAAAAAACAUCGAGUGUAAAUCAGGGCCACUUUUCGAUCAUGCAUUUUGGGAUAUUUCUGUUCUGGUUUGUAGGUUUAAUUUUUUUCGCCAGCGCGCAAAAUGAGGGAUGUCCAUCGGUAUGUCCAGCAGUUUAUAGACCAGUUUGUGGUAGAGUGGCUGGAACUCUUAGGACUUUUUCAAAUCAAUGUGAGAUGAAUAAAUUCAAUUGUGUGGCCAGACCAGGUGCAACUUUUGUCCGUAGAGGUGCCUGCUGAGGACGCUCUUAAUGUAUAAUGAUGCCCAAGUUUUGUUGAAAAUUAUUGUGUGUAUUAAUAAAGGUGUGAGAGAAAUCA